AUGGGUUUCGUCGAGGAUGAGUUGAAGCAGCUGAAAGAGGUCAUCGGCAACCUCGACUCGCGCAUUAAGCAGCUGGAGAGGCGCGCAACGGGCUCCUCUCCUUCCACUGAAGAGAUUCGCAUGGUCAUUAUGGGACCGCCCGGAGCUGGCAAAGGAACGCAGGCGCCAAAGAUCAAGGAACGAUUCUCCUGCUGCCAUCUGGCCACGGGUGACAUGUUGCGUUCUCAGGUUGCGAAGAAAACUCCCCUUGGUCGAGAGGCAAAGAAGAUCAUGGAUCAGGGCGGUCUCGUCAGUGACGACAUUGUCAUCGGAAUGAUCAAAGAAGAGCUGGAAAACAACAAGGAGUGCCAAGGAGGUUUCAUCCUUGAUGGAUUCCCCCGCACGGUCCCUCAGGCAGAAGGCCUUGACUCCAUGCUUCAAGAGCGAAACCAGAAGCUUCAGCAUGCUGUUGAGCUGCAAAUUGAUGACUCGUUGCUCGUUGCACGUAUCACCGGUCGCUUGAUCCACCCUGCGUCGGGUCGGUCCUACCAUAGUACAUUCAAUCCGCCAAAGGAACCUAUGAAGGAUGAUGUUACAGGCGAGCCCCUUGUUCAGCGAAGCGAUGACAAUGCAGAUGCAUUGAAGAAGCGUCUAGUCACGUAUCAUAAGCAGACGACACCAGUUGUCGAUUACUAUCAGAAGACUGGCAUAUGGAAGGGCAUCGACGCUAGCCAGCAACCUGGACAAGUGUGGAAGAAUAUGCUAGAUAUCUUGCAAGGAAACAAGAGUCAAGGAUCCAGUAUACUGAGCCGAAUUGCCAGUAAGGACUAA